AUGAAUUUGACCAACUGUACACGAGCAACUGAAUUUAUUCUUGUUGGAUUGCCAAGUGUUUGGGGAAUGGAAGGCAUGAUGUAUGCCGGUGUCUUCCUGCUCUACCUCCUGUGUCUGAUGGGCAACGGGCUCAUCGUUGUGAUGGUUCUUGUGGAUCGACACCUUCAGAAACCCAUGUAUUUCUUUCUUAGCAACCUUUCUUUCAUCGACAUUGGACACACCACAGCCUUUAUACCCAAGCUGUUACUCAAUUACCUCUCUGCAAAUAAUUCCAUCUGUUUUUAUUGCUGUGUAAUACAGUUGUGCUUCUAUUUCCUUUUCGGGGUCACAGAAUUUUUUAUCAUCACUCUGAUAUCCUUGGACAGAUACUUAGCCAUUUGCCAUCCUUUGAGGUAUGCCACUAUCAUGACUUCUGGGGUCUGCCUUAAACUAGCAAUAACAGCCUGGUUUGGAGGCUUUUUCUCCAUCAUUUGUCAAGUAGUAAUGAUUGCAAACUUACCCUUCUGCACCUCCAACAUUAUCAAUCAUUUCUUUUGUGAUGUGGGACCUGUGCUGAAGAUUGCAGGAGGAGAUAUCCAUGUCAUUGAAGCCCUUGGCUUCCUAGUUACUGUGGUUGUGAUUAUGUCCUCCCUGCUUUUCACCCUCAUUUCUUACCUCUUCAUCAUUUCCACCGUUCUCCGAAUGCCUUCAACCACUGGACAGCAGAGGGCCUUUUCUACCUGUGCUUCCCACCUGAUUGUGGUCUGCAUUUUCUAUGGGUCAGUCUUUUUUGUCUAUUUAAGGCCAACUGUCAAGAACUCUUCCUUCAGUGUAAUCAAGUCUGUUUCUGUGGUGAAUGCUAUACUCAUUCCAGUGCUCAAUCCUUUCAUUUACACCAUUAGGAACAAUGAAGUGAAAGAAGCAGUUUCGAAAGCCUUAACAAAAUGGACACCAACUUUCCCUAAAAACUAA